AUUUCCAAAAUCCCCAUCCCUAAGUUUCUGCCCUGAUCUUGACCUAGUCCGGUCCAAAACACCAAACCAAACGAAAUAAAACAAAUCAAAAUCGAAACGUUUCUCUUUCCUUCUCGGUUUUGAUCUCUCUUCAAAAUAUCCUUACAAGAAGUGAGGGAGAGGAAACCCUACAGAUCUCUUUAUCUUUCUUCACUCUAGGUUAUUCCGCUUUGGCGAAUGGAGAGGGAGCUGGUGGAUUUGUUCGAGGCCGCCAAGAAAGCUGCUGAUUUGGUUGCCUCCGAUGCCGUUUCCUCCAACGGCCCUGAAGUUUCCAGAUGCGUUGACGCCUUGAAACAGCUCAAGGCUUUCCCCGUCACUUACGAUAUUCUUGUUUCCACUCAGGUUGGAAAAAGGCUUCGACCUCUCACAAAACAUCCUAGGGAGAAGAUCCAUACUGUGGCUUCUGACUUGCUUGAGUUAUGGAAAAAAAUUGUUAUUGAAGAGACUACCAAGACUAAGAAAAAUGGCACCACUAGUACUGUCAAGGUUGAGAAAAUUCAGAAGCCCAGUGCUGUGAAGGCUGAAAAGCUCUCCAAUACAGAAACCGUAAAGGUUGAGAAAACAUCUAAAGGUGAUUCAACAAAGCCCAUCAAAGUUGAGAAAAAGGAAGCAAAUGGAGAUACUGCAAUGGCUGAGAAGACACACCGAGGAGAGACUGGUAAGGUUGAAAAGGUUUAUAAUGAUGAGAGACAAAUGUCGAAUGUGAAGAAACCAUCACAGCCACCUGCUGGUCCUCCGAAGCUGACAUCAUUGGUCAAAUGUAAUGAUCCUUUGCGUGACAAAUUUCGGGAGAUUCUUGUAGAAGCCUUGUCUAAAGUUCCCAGUGAGACUGAUGAGGACAUGUUGGAUCAAGUGAAUGCUUGUGAUCCCAUCCGGGUUGCUGUAUCUGUAGAAUCUGUGAUGUUUGAGAAGAUGGGUAAAUCAAAUGGCCCCCAGAAAUUUAAGUACAGAUCUAUAAUGUUCAACGUGAAGGAUCCAAACAAUCCAGAUUUAAGGAGGAAGGUUCUUCUGGGAGAAGUGAAGCCGGAUAGGCUUAUUACUAUGACCCCAGAGGAAAUGGCCAGUGAGCAAAGGCAACGUGAAAAUAAAGAAAUAAAAGAAAGAGCUUUAUUUGAUUGUGAGCGUGGUGGUGCACCAAAGGCCACAACUGAUCAAUUUAAGUGUGGUCGUUGUGGUCAACGCAAGACCACAUACUAUCAAAUGCAGACAAGGAGUGCAGAUGAACCUAUGACAACCUAUGUAACGUGUGUAAACUGCAACAACCAUUGGAAGUUCUGUUAGUGGAAUCUGGAGAUUCUUCAUUCAUUAGGGUUGAUCAUCUUGGAAACUUCAUUCUGUUUGUCUUGAGUUUGUGGUCAUUGACUUUAAAGUAAUCUUUCGUUCAUAUUUAUCUGCUAUAGGGACUUUCUUAAGGAUAACUAGGUAUUAGAGGGAUGAUUGUUGCAAAAUCAUCACUCAGCUGUUUCACAUCUUGUGGCAAAGAUGAGCUUGGAUGCAACCAGAGGCUUUGGCUAUUUCUUUAUGUCAGUCUCUGUUUGUCGAAGGCAUUUCAUGUGAAGUGCCUAAUGCUUGUUCUUUUAUCGUAGCCCCUUUAGAUGAUGUAUUUGAUUCGAAAGGGUAGGGAGGAUGCUGGGAGUAGAAUUAGGACUCUUUAAUUUCUUAGUGCACCAACAACAAUCCUAUAAAGGCAUGCUUUAAUUUUUCCAA